AUGGAUCAUAAGUCAACAUUAAAAGUUAUAAGCUUAUUAAAAAUAUUAUCUUUCCUACUUUAUUUUAUUCUUUGGAUAUAUUUUGAAGUUAACGAAUUCAAAUUCUACGAAUUAAAGUCAAAUUCUGCAAAUCUAAUUUUGACUAUUGCUUUUGCUUUUUCAAUAAUAUUUUUUUGUACAGAGACAAUAUCUGCUUAUAUAAUAAAAGGUCUUGGAGGAUGGUUUAUAGCAAACUGUUGGAUGACUUUGUUUAUAUAUUUUAUUCUUCCAUUAGUUUAUAGUGAUAUUGUUAAUGUAGGAUAUUUCGAAGUGGGAAAAGUGCUUCCUGCCCUAAUUGUAUUAUUAUGGAUUAUACAAAUGCUUUCAUUGACUCAAAUUAUUAUUAUCAAUAUACACGUUAAACCUGAUUAUUUGCUAAUUUGUAAAAUUAUUAAACUAUUAUUUAUUACAAUUUAUUUAAUAGAUUACAUUAUUUGGGUAUCUAUGGAGGUAUCUAUAGAUAAAACAAAUGAGAGAUACGAUAUAUCCUAUUUUGGCGUACCUGAGGCUAAAAAUUCUUUUACAAAUGAGAAAUACAAAAUAUACCACUUUAGCAAUCUUAUAGUUGUUUCAAUUGUUGGGUUUAGUAAUUUUCUUUUUGAAGUAGUUAAAGCUUGUACAAAUCAAAAUAUUUCUUUUAUUGGAAACCUUUUCCCUAUAUUAUUCACUUUUAUUUACUUUGGAGUCGCCUUUUCAAAUAUAUUAUUCUUAACAGAAAUAACCUAUAUUAUGCUUGAUGGAUUAAUAUGGAUUAUUUUAAUAUGUAGUUUUGUGGAAAUAGUAUUUUGGCUUAAUAAUAUAAUAAUGAAGCGGAAACUAUAG